AUGUCUAAAGCAUCUGAGAAAGACUUCCAAGUGGCCGUCAUUGGUGGUGGCGUGUGCGGCUUGGCAUGCGCUGCUGCGCUUCAGAAGGCAGGUAUCAGUGUACAAGUCUUCGAAGCCGCGGUGCCCUUCGCUGAGAUAGGGGCUGGUAUAGGUUUGGGGCCCAGUGGUGUGCAUAGCCUAAACGCCAUGGAUCUCUUGGAUGCGGUUCUCCAGAACAUAAAUUCGAACGACCUGGGCUCGAGAGGUUUCCUGUUCCAUUCGGGCCUUGGGGAACAUGAGCUGGUAUAUGACUACCCACCUGCCCCGGAAGAUGCCAGCAUCAGCAUGCACCGUGCCGCCUUCCUCAAUGCGCUGGUCGAACUCGUAGACCUGCAAAGCACGCAUUUCAACAAACGCUGCACCUCCAUCUCGGAAUCGCCCACGAACCCGAAUCGCCUUCUGGUCCACUUCAUAGAUGGCACUACGCAUGAAACGGAUGUUGUUCUUGGCGCGGACGGCAUCAAGAGCGCGGUGCGCCACUUCGUAGUCGCCAAGGCCGGCGAACCGCCGAGACACAACCUUGCGUUCAGCAAUACUGUCGCCUAUCGUGGUUUGAUACCAUACGCCCAGCUCGAGGCCGCUGGUUUCAAGACCAGAUUGACGGAUCGUCCGGUGUGCUUCGUCGGGCCAAGCAAGCAUGCCAUUGUCGUCCCCAUCAAGAACGGCGAGCUUAUCAACGUCGCAGCUUUUUCGGCUAGGUAUGACAUUCCCAUAGGGUCCCAGAACCUGCCGGAAGGUACUCCUUGGGUCGACCAAGUGUCUCGGGAAGACAUCCAGAAGGACUUCGAUGGAUGGGGCGUCGACGUGGCGACGCUUCUCCAAUUGAUGCCGGAGAAGACAGUGCGUUGGUCUGUCCACGUCGUGCACCCUCCGCUCGAAACCUACAGCAAGGGGCACGUGGCUCUUCUUGGAGAUGCAGCUCACGGUAUGCUCCAUCACCUCGGUGCUGGCGUGGGACCGGGCCUCGAGGACGCGCUUCUACUUGUUCGCUUACUCAGUCACCCGGGAACGCAGACCGAGAACCUGCAGUCCGUCCUAGAAGCCUACUCGACUAUACGCCGGCCGAGAGCGCAAAUGGUUUGGGAAGCUAGUCAUCGUGCCGGGAGUGUUUACGACCACCACGGACCGACCGCCGCAGGGAUGGCUGAAGAUCUAAGGGAUUUGUGGAUGCCCAUUUGGCGGUACGAGAUCGAGAACGACUUUGAUACAGCUAUAUCAGUCCUCCGCACGAACGCGACGUUCUCUCAAUGACGUCAUUGCGUAACAUGUACACAAACGAUGACCCGCCAUU